AUGGCUGUUAUCGGCAUUGAUGUUCAGGAUGUGAAGCGUUUGGACGGGCGUAUAAAGAUCACCGCAAAAUAUCCUAUCGCUCAUGGUGGUUACUCGGACAUAUAUCCCGGAAUCUGGCGUGGUGGGUCAGCUUUCUUAGGUCCUGGAGUCUGGACUGGCAAUGCAACUUCUGGCCAAAAUGUUGCUGUGGGUACCGCUCACAUUUAUAUCGUUCUCCCUCCUAAUUCACGAACCCUGUCGUGCAUCAAGGUCGUCAUUAAAGUCAUGCGACAUGCAGACCGCGACUUGAAGGCGAAUGAUCCCAUAACUCGGUCGAAGUAUGCGAAGGCGAGUAUCGACGGGUCUCUCCCUCCCGAUUUGGAGAAGGAAUAUCGUGUUUGGGCACAUCUUCGCCAUCCAAAUGUGCUUCCUUUCUUCGGCCUGAUUGACGACCCAGCGAUCCCUUCCAUGGGUGUGGUAACACCGCGCUGCACUUUCGGCGAUUUGCGCUGCUUCUUCUCUGACCCGACGAGAGCAUCAUCUGCCAACAGACUCUCCAUCGUGAAAGGAAUUGCGAGAGGCCUUACUUACAUCCAUGGGAAAAGGGUGGUUCAUGGAGAUUUGACGAUGGAAAACGUCCUCAUCGAACUUAUCAAUGGCGUUUUCACCCCGCUUAUAUCUGAUUUUGGUCUAUCUCGGGUCCUCGAAACAGAAGCCGAAAAAAUUCUGUUGGCUGAGGAUGAAAAUCAAAGUAGGAAGGCCUUAACCCUCGGAGCCGACGUAUGGUGCUUUGACUCUAACGGGGAAAUCUCCAUUCUUUCAUUUGAUCGAGUUUCAGGCAGCACAGAUGGUGGCAUUGAGAAAUGA